AUGUCUUAUUAUCCGCCACAACAACAACAAGGAGGCUACUACCAGCAACCACCGCCACCACCACAGAUGGCAUAUGCGCCACAACCACCACAAGAGAAGAGUUCCGGUUGUUGCGGUGGAUGUUGCACAUGCUGUUGUGAUACGAUACGUAACUGUUGUCUCUGCUUUAUCGGUACACUUUGCUGCUGCUUUGCUGCUGAGACUAUCGAAGAUUGUAUAUGUUAAAGUAGAUAUUGUAUAGAUAAAUAUCCUUAUAAAUUUCUCUCUUCUUG